AAAGGGAGAGAAACGUUAACGUUUGCGAGCUCUUUCUGGCUAGCUCGCCAGUGAAAAUUGUCGUUGUCACGUUAGGUAACGUUAGCCAUUUAGCUAGCUGUGAGGAUGAAGAAUUCAUUUCCUUUGUCUUUCCACCGUGGUUAAAUAAAGGCAUACAGUUGGGUAGAUAUACUGAUUGGAGCUAGCUUAGAUUGUAGUUAACUCGGUCGGUAUCUGAAGUUGGCUAGCAGCUAGCUAGCUUAUAUGUAAACUAGUAAUUUGACAUUAGUCCAUCUGCAUAGUAAUUGAAGUAGCUAUAGUUAAUAAUCCAUUGCUCCCAAAUAACAUUAGCUUAUUAAUAUUUAUAAUUUAAAUAUGAGGACAAAUGAGGGCCCAUGUCACCUAUGCUGAUAUGACUGCAAAUGUGACUCAUGUUAGCUAGCUACUUAACUAUAGCUAGGUAAUUAGGAUAUCAUACACAGGAACGUCACAUAUAAUUAGCUAGCUAGCUAGCUUUUGUUUAACGUAAACUAGCCUAUGUUUAACGUGUGUAGAUUGUUAGCUAGGUGGUUUGCCUACUUGAUAGUGUUGAUAAUGUAAAGUGUACCUCUGAGCAGCUAAUGUUAACUGUGCAAACAGAAUAACUAAGCGAACGUCUCCUUUGACACCUACCUAGCUAGCUAGCCUAGGUUAAAAGCUUGACAAGCCGAUUUUAACAGUAUCAGGCCAGGUGUUCGUGCAUUUAAACAUCAAUGGCUGGUUAAUGACGUUAGGCUACUAACGUUAGUUACAAGGCUUGUAAAUUAAAAUCCAUUGUCUUGAAAUUACUUAGAUAUCUCUUAUAAUAAUAGAGCCCAUGUUUAUUCCACGGGAUAAACCCAACCAUAUUUGACAACACAGACAGAGAAGCUCUGGCACGCAGCUAUUGCAAAAGACUUUAGAAUGACGUUUGUGCCUGUAAACAUGCUCAUGUGAUUAGCCACGUGGAAGAAGUACCCGGAAUGUUAUUUAAAAGGAAAUGUAAAAUCACUGCAUACGUCCGCGAGUGCCGUGAUGCACGUACUGAUUUUUUAUUGUUUGGUAUCCGUGUGUCAGUCUUCCCGUAUUUUUAUUAUAAUUUUUUUCUGCAGGGUCAUUUUUAAAGAUAUGAUAAUUUUCAAUGUUCAAAAAGUUGUAAUCUCUCCACAAAAACACGUGUUUUUUCUACAUGUAGCCUAUGUGUGUAUAUCACUUCAAUAAUUAUUGGCACCCUUGAUGCAUAUGCACAAAAAAAUACUGUAACCUAAAAAAAGACGUUUAUUUUUCAACAUGUGUAAAAUAGUGUGCUUUAGUAAUAACGCAGUGGAAUCAACCAAAAAGCAGGUUUCACAAAUAUUCUGAAUUAUUGUGCAACCACCCCUGGCAAAGAUGACUGUAUUGAGUCUUUUCGUAUUAUUUGUGAUAGUUAGAGAACACAUUUGUCUCAUAUACAUGCUAUAUAUUUGUACUAUGAUAGCAUCCAUAUACAUAUCCUAAUUUAUUAGGUAGACCUGUACACCAGCUUGUUAAUGAAAAUAUUGAAUCAGCCAAUCAUGUGGCAGCAACUAAAUGCAUAAAAGCAUGCAGACAUGCUCAAGAGGUUCAGCUGUUUUUCAGAUCAAAUGUCAGGUUGGGGAAGAAAUGUGAUCAAAGUGACUUUGACCAUGGAAUGACCAUGUUGGUGCCAGACAGGGUGGUUUGAGUAUCUCAGAAACCUGUCUGGGAUUUUCAUGCAGAACAGUCUCUAGAGUUUGCAGAGAAUGGUGCGAAAAACUAAAAACAUCCACUGAGCAGCAGUUCUGCCGGCAGAAACACGUUGAUAAUGAGAGAGGUCAGAGGAGAAGUCCAGACUGGUCAAAGCUGACAGGAAGGUGACAGAAACGCAAAUAACCACACCUUACAACAGUGGGUGUUUGUGAUGCUGUUGAUAAGCUGAGAGGAGAGGCCGACUGGCGCCUGGAGGGAGGUUAAAUAGCCACAAGGGGGCGCUGCGACUGGUGGAGACCGGGAGGCGGACAGAGGGAGUGAGAGCUGGGUUGGGCUGAGCGCAGCGCGUGCCAAUGCAGCAUCAUAACCGGCAGCCUGAGCUGGUGGAGGGAAGCCUUCCUGUGUUCGUGUUCCCCACAGAGCUGGUCUUCUACGCCGACGAGCAGACGUCCCACAAGCAGGUGCUCACGCUCUACAACCCCUACGAGUUCGCCCUCAAGUUCAAAGUUCUGUGCACAGCGCCGAACAAGUAUGCCGUGGUAGACGCCACUGGAGCUGUGAAGCCACAAUGCUGCGUGGACAUUGUGAUCCGCCACAGGGACGUGCGGGCCUGCCACUAUGGCGUGAUCGAUAAGUUCCGGCUGCAGGUGUCGGAGCAGAGCCAGCGGAAGGCCCUGGGCCACAAGGAGGUGAUGGCCACCCUGCUGCCCUCAGCCUCCCAGGAGCCGUCGCACACCCGGCCCCAGGAGGAGGAGCGCAGGAUGAAGGAGCAGCUGGUCGACAGCGCUUUCUUUGAGCAGACUGCAUUCCAGCCAGAGAGCCGGGUGGCCUCGGGAGGGCCCAGUGUGCUGACCGUCCUGCUGGGGCUGGUGUGUGUGGCUGUCCUUAUGCUUCCCACCCUGGGGGAGCUGGAGUCCGUCGCGCCUGUCUACCUCCACUUAAGUGUUAACAAGAAACUUGUAGCUGCUUACGUUCUAGGUCUUCUUACAAUGGUUAUCCUGCGGACUUGAGAUGCUACAAGCGCAGGAGAUGUCCUGGGAAGAGAGGGGAUGGGGAGCGAGGGGUAGAGCAAAGACAACAGACACACGGGGUCGAUAGCAGAGUGCCUUCAUAUUGGAUACUUUCCGUAUUUCCCAGAUGUAGGACAAGAUCAAGACCAAACUACUUUGGUUGUGUUACAGCAUGCUCUCUAGCACAGGGGCGUGCAGCUGUGGUCCUGGAGAGCCAGAGGGCUCCGCUAGUUCUUCUUUUCGCCUUAAACCCAGGAGCCGAUUCAGACCCAAGUAACCAGGUGAAGUGAGUUAACUGUGCCAUCAGCUGCUUUAAUUCAUUAAGCGCAGAUUAAUGAUGAAAGGCAGCAGAACAUGUGGCUCUCCAGGGCCAGGGUUGCAGACCCCUGCUCAACUGUGUUCUUCCAGUCCAGUGGUUUUCAAACUCAGGUCCCGGGGGCCCCCUGUGUAUGUUGGUUUUGGUUCCAAUCACAAUUGCAAUCCCAGAAAUAUAACACGCUGUUCAUUUUUCUUGUGCAAUCUAGCACAAUGUGAAUAUGUGACUUUAUUCUUCAUGGCAUGCAUAGCAAGUAGACAUUAUGUGAAUUAAGGGGGAAGAUAAUCCCUCAAAACAUGAAACGUGGUUUGUUAAAAUUGUACGAUUACAAUUAAGGAUGGAAUGGAAACCAGGAUUCACAGCAGUACCCCAGGACAGAGUUUGAAAACCACUGCUCUAUGAAGCCGAAAUAAUUAGCCCACAUCAAAUAUAAACAUUUUUAAUUCUCUGCUUUUGCCUUGCCUAUGUAAUUAAAGGGGCAGUUCACCCAAAAAUGAAAUUCAAGUACGUUUCCAAUAACCCAGAGUACUAUCUAUCAAUGAGAUGACAAAUUUUCUAGAUUUCAUUACUUUUUUUAGAUGCAGUUCACCAUGAUAUUAUGGACCACUUAUAUUUAUUACCAGAAAAGGAGUGGUCCAUAGAGGUCCAUUAUAUCAUGGUGAAUCACAUUUACAAAGUUGUGAAAUCUAGAAAAUCUGGAAAUUUCUCUGAGAUGCGACAAAUCUAUCUGGAUGGAUAGCGAUAGUGGUCUGGGUGGGGGAAAACCUUAUCAUGUUUCUAGACGAGCAAGAGACUUUCUUGGGAUCAGCCGAUACGGAACUCCAAUUGCACACUGCGAUCAAGACUUCCCUAAACAUAAUACGCAGCUAAACUAACCCUGUGUUAGUACGGUACUCUGGAAGCCCGUCUUAAUACGGAGCUGUGUAAUAAAACUGAAGGCACGCUGAAAUAGACCCAUAGACCUUCCACCUGUGUCCUUGAAGGAGAGGGAGGGGAAACAGAAAAAGGUCAGACUGACAGGGGAACACAGUUACCCUCUAAAUCAUGUUUAAACUGUUUUAAGACAACAACAAAAAACUUUAAAACCGACUGCUACUUGUAUAAACCAGGUGAAGUUAGUGCAUGGCUGUUUGGAGCUCUGCAGAGGUGGACUGACGGGCUGGCUGUAGACUGAAGGGAGGGGUAAUUGAGAGGGUGCCUAUGAAAGGGGUUUGCAUAGCGACAAAGGGAAAUGUUUUAUUAAAAGUGUUGUACAACUUCA